AUGUAUCUACCUAUGUACCUGAGAAAAACGGGCCUUCUCGAUGCCUUCUCAAACAAAGGGGUCUUACCAAUACUUGAUUUCCUCGUCCACUGGCGUCUGCAGCACUGGGGUUUUGUCAUUAUUCGCGGCACCUACUCCUCGCAAGCAAAAUGGGACAAGUUUGUUCAAUUUAUCAAGGAAGAUACCCACGAUUACCUUGAGCAGCGUGCGAUGCUACACCUCUAUGACAAGGCUGCUUGGACAGUCGUUGAGGAUGCAGCCACAUUGAACAAUGCAAGUCUUGAGGUAGCCCAGAAACGGUUUGAGGACUGGCUACACGGGGAUGAGGGGGAGAAAGAUAGAGCGGGGAGUCUUUUUGGUGAUGGAGUUACGGGGUUUGGGGGGGCAAGGUAUGAUUUCUUCCUGUGUGUCGAUGAAGAGAGUUUGGAGAGUGUGGUUGAUGAGGGGAAAGCGAAGGAAGAAGGCGGUUAUACCGUCAAGAUUUUAAUGAGGGGGGCUGAUGAAGGGCGGGGGCAGAAUGAAGAGGGUGCUGAAGAGGAAGAAGAGGGGUUAGAUGAGGACGACAGGGAGCGGGAGUUGCAAGAUGUCAGGAAAAGGGUGAGGGUGGAUGCUCUGGUCAAGCUGUAUGCACAGCUCCUACCGGCAAACUCAUGGUACAUCCUUCCUGUUGAAGACGGGAUCAUCGACAUCUAA